AUGUCUAGUAUCUAUCUAAGUUCUACAUUUUUUGUUCCUUUACUCUUUCUCUUUUACCUCUCUGUCUGUCUGUCUUACCCACUCGCUUUUUCUUUCUUUCUUUCUUUCUUUCUUUCUUUCUUUCUUUCUUUCUUCGUCUUCAGAUUCUUCUUCAGAUUAUUCAAAUUUUCCUUCAGAUUUUUCUUCUUCAGAUUCUUCCGAUUUUUCUUCUUUAACUUUUUUUUCUUCAUCUUCUUCACACUCUUCUUCAGCGCCUUCAUAUUCUUCUCCUUCAGAUUCUUCUAUUCAAGUUUUUCCUUCUUCAGAUUCUUCAAAGUCUUUUCCUUUAGAUUCUUCAAAGUCUUCAGAUUUUUCUUCUUAACUUCUUUCAGAUUAUUCUUCUUCAGAUUCUUCUUCUUCAGAAUCUUCUCAAGAUAUUUCUUCAGAUUCUUCAGAUUUUUCUUCUUCAGCUUCUUCUUCAGAAUCUUCUCAAGUUAUUUCUUCAGAUUCUUCAGAUUUUUCUUCUUCAGCUUCUUCUUCAGAAUCUUCUCAAGAUAUUUCUUCAGAUUCUUCUUUUUCAGCUUCUUCUUCUUCUUGUUCAGCUUCACCAGAUUUUACUUCAGCUUCUUCAGUUUCUUCAGAUUCUUCUUCAAUUUUUUUAGAUUCUUCUUCUUCAAAUUCUUUAGAUUCUUCUUCUUCAAAUUCUUCAGAUUCUUCUUCUUUAGAUUCUUUAGAUUCUUCACAUUAGAUUCUUUUUUUGUCAGAUUCAUCUCCUUCAGAUUUUUCUUCUCAUGUUUUUUCUUCUUCAGAUUCUUCAAAGUUUUCUUCUUCAGAUUCAUCAAAGUCUUCAGAUUUUUUCUUCUUCAGUUUGUUCAGAUUCUUCUUCCGUUUCUAUUUCUUCAGCUUCUUUCAGAUUCUUCUUCUUCAGAUUCUUCUCAAGAUAUUUCUUCAGAUUCUUCAGAUUUUUCUUUUUCAGAUUCUUCUUCUUCUUCUUCUUGUUCAGCUUCAUCAGAUUUUACUUCAGCUUCUUCAGUUUUUUCAGAUUCUUCUUCUUCAAAUUCUCCAGAUUCUUCUUCUUCAGAUUCUUUAGAUUCUUCUUCUUCAGAUUUUUCGUCAGAUUCUUCUUUUUCAGAUUCUCCUUCUCAAGUUCUUUCUUCUUCAGAUUCUUCAAAGUCUCCUUCUUCAUCUUCUUCUUCAGAUUAUUCUUCUUUAGAUUCUUCUUUAGAAUGUUCUCAAGAUCUUUCUUCUUCAGAUUUUUCUUCGUCAGAUUUUUCAGAUUCUUCUUCAGUUUCUUCAGCUUCUUCUUCCUCUUCAAAUUCUUCUUCCCAAGAUUUUUCUUCUUCAGCUUCUUCAGAUUCUUCUUCUUAA